UAUUUUACAAACGGCAACACUGUAUAUGAAAAAUCAAAAACAAUACAUUGAACUUCGAAGUCAGCUGAAUCGUGGACUAUUUAUUUAUUAUAUUUGCGUGUUGAUGUUUUAUUUAUAAACUGAAACAAACACUAAACAAAAUGGCAACAGGCGUAAAACCUCGUGAUGAAGAAUCUAAGCUUACGAGAGCCGAUCUUGAUAUCUUACAAGACGCCAUGAAACAUAAGAAGUUUCGAGAUUUGUUUGCCGAAUAUUGUGAAGAGAUACGUGACCCGGCGAAUCAAGCGGUUUAUCAAAAAGAAAUGACCCAGCUAGAAAAGGAACGAGGUUAUGACGUUACUUUUAUCAAUCCAAAAGGAGGUUAUGUGAUUAAAACAAGCGUAGCAGGUGAUCGGAAAGCUUUUAUUAAUAUCUGUAGCAACGAAAAUAUCGAUAAACCUUCGUGCAAAGUUCAAGAUAUUAAUGGACAAAAAGGUAUGAGCUGGCAACUCCCAUAUUCUCUUAUUCCGCCAAGGGAAGAUUAUAAUAACAAAAAGGAAAGAUGUGUUAUUUAUGACGUUGUUUUCCAUCCCGAUACAUUACGCAUGGCCGAGGUUAACAAGCGUUUCCGGGAUCUUGUAAAUAAAACUGCAUUUGAGGGUCUUCAGAAAUCAUAUGAAAUCCACUUAGAUAUUAAUAAUAUACGUUUUCCGAAGUCCUAUUACAAGGGUAUGUCUGUACCUGCAGUAAUCAGGAAAGAAGACCCCGAUUAUAAACCUACUGAAGAGACAGAGAAUAGUGAAGCAGAUCCUGAAGGCUUAGAAAAACUAUAUCCCCAACAUAAUUAUUCGCAUGAUAAUAAUAAAAAUGAAUCUAAUACACCCAGUGAAAAGAUGAAGUCUGUAAAAUCUACCAAUAUUGAUUUCACCCAUACCAGUGGCAAUGGAUAUACAGUACCAAAAUAUACAAUUAAACAACAGAAAAAUGUUGAUUUCCAAGAAUACACUUACAGCAAAGAUAGUAAACAGUACACAGCAAUUCCCAGUUAUAUUAUUGUGGAAAUUAACUUACCCUUGCUCUCAUCUACAAAAGACUGCAUUUUAGAUGUAAAAGAAAGAGACUUAAACCUGAUUUCAGAGAAACCAUCAAAAUAUAAACUUGAUAUUAAACUUCCUUAUACUGUUAAUGAAGACAGUGGUAAAGCACAAUUUGAUCAAACUAAACAUCUAUUAAUAGUUACAUUACCAGUGGUUAGAAGGACUUCUAAGAACAGUGAUAAAAUAGAUAGUGGUGUCGAAAGUGAAGAGUUGUCAGGGUCCCAUAGCGAGGAGGAGGGUAAAGAGGAGAGUAAAGAUUUAAUAGUGGAGUUAAAUGCUUCUUCAAUCAUUAUGACAUCUGAACCAGAUAACCAUCACCAUGAAAAUGACUUUCUUCUGCCAAACAUUGGCUAUAUUCUUCCUACAUACACUUACAAUGUGUUAGAUGAUAUAGUGGCUUUUACAUUUCAUGUUAAAAACACUGAUCCGGCAUCAGUGGAAGUUAAAAAUAUUGAUAAUAUUAUCGAAAUCAAGUUUACCUCCAUGGGUUCUGGAUUUGUUCCAGUUCAUUAUGCUGCCAUUCUGUCAUUUUGCAAUGACAUUAAAUUCAAUGAUGCUAUUGGCGAGGCAUGGGACAAUAAUGUUAUCUUACAAUUAGAAGUUGCAGGCAAUGUGCCUACUGAAUUUGAAAUUGGUUUGAGCAAAGAAUCUAUGACAAAGGAGUAUUUAGAUGUCUCUAAAAUUAAGGCAACUAAAACUGAAGUAUGCGAAAUCUUGCCCAAGAUUCCUGAAGAUAGUGUUGCACCUGUAGUUGAAGUUACAAACUUUGGCAUUGAAACCAAUAUACUUUUAUCAAGUUCUAAUCAAAAAGAAUAUGAAGAUGAUGAAACUAUGAAAGAAACUGAUAUAACCUGGAUUGAAACUGAAAAACCCUGUGAAAAUGGGGCAAAACCUAUUUUAAGGAAACCUAUUACAAUGAUGAGAAGUUAUUCUGAAUCAAGUUAUGGAGAUGUUGCAUCAUCCAUGGAUUACAUAAGUUCUGACUGUGUCCCAGAAGAGUCAAGCUUAAAAAAGACUGUUAGGUUUAAUAAUGUUAUUUCAAGACAAUUUUACAGAUAUAAUUCCUCUAUAGAAGGCCAAAAAAAGAAAAAUCAACGGAAAAAAAGUAAAAAGCGUAACCAAGAAAGAAGAAAAAGUGAGAGUGAAGCUGAAGAUGAUUCUUCAAACCAUCAGUCUAAGCCCCGUCUGAAGUCAGCCAUGAAAGAGCGUCGCGACAGCGGACUAGCAGACACUUCGGACGCCGAAGGUAACAAGAACAUGUCUGACAUUGACAUGUACAAUUCUGCCACCGAAACAGAUGAAAAUUGUAACGGAAACGAAUCUACUUCCGAGGAAUUUUACAAAAAAAUUAAUAUAACGUCCCAACGAGAAAAUAAUGUUAAGAAGAUGUCUAAAAAGGGUAAGCGCCUCGAUGAUGUCAAGCAUAAUACAGAAUUAUAUGAUCCUGACAAAUUGAACAAGGGUCAGUACUUGGAGGUGAAGUUUAAGAAUGAUCUCAUAUUUGAUUUAGACAUGUAAUGUCAUUUUAAUUUUUAGAAGAGCUGUAUUGAGUUUUAUUUAGUCCAGUUUGUAAGCGCACAUUAGAAAUGACGCAGCGGGUUUUCUUUUUUCAUACUGUGCGCUGCUAAUGUUUUAUAUUUCCCUGAUUAUUAUGUUCCUUUAAACCUAGUGUUUUCUUGUUAUUGUAGAAGUUUAUGACAAUGGUUAAGAAUCAAAUGCUUUUAAAAAACCCAGUGAAUAUUUUAAAUUUUUUACGAAUAUUAGAAACUUCUUUUUAAAAAUGGCACGGUGUGCAAGUCAUAUGUCAAUUAUCAAGCUCAGUGAAUUUUACCAUAGAUGUCAUUUAGCUGUUAAUCGGAACCCAAUGAUAAAAGGAAUUUGUUUUUUCUUAAUUUUACUUGUGAAAUGAACUGUUUUAAAAUAAACAUUCGUAAAUGUUAUCAAUCAUUAAAAAUGUUAUCUGCAAGAGUUUGACCCAAAUAUACGAUUAUAGUUGUAUAAUAUUAUUAUGUUUAUCAGAUAAUUGCGUAGAUAAACUUCCGUUUAAGAAAUUGUUUGUAUUAUUGAUACUUUAAUACAAAAAUAUUAUUAUCUUUUUAACACUUAUGGCCCUAUAAAAUGUACUCAAAAGAUAUUGCGUGUGGUAAUGAAAAAAAAUCACCAUAUUAAGAGCGGGCAUUAACGUAAAUCACUCAUCAAAGAUUUGAUUUUAUCUAAGUGUGUGAUGUUUGAAUUCAAAACAGUAAAAAAGUGUGAACAACACUUCACUAUAAUUUGAAUGGUUAAAAAAAAUCACAAAGUCAUCUCUAUUUUUGUCUAAUUUCGUUUUUAUUCAAUCGUGGCUAGUAUUUUGAAGCCAAAAGCUUAUUACAUUAUUACAUCAUAUUACUUUGGUCAAGCUAAAGCGAUAGUUAAAUAUUGUAAAGUUUACGAGUUAUUUAAUUAAAAAGCGAAUGGCGCUUUCUUCAUUUUUGUUCCAUGAAAUACUGUAUCGUCCGUCUCAUGUCACGCGAUCUUUGGCCAUUUGUUUGUUUCAGACGAGAACACUAUUUCUUUGCGCCAGCGCUCGACAUAAUAUUAUACAUUUCCAUAAUAAAAUAAAUACCAUUACUAAAAACUAAACUAACAGUCUUGCACAUUUAUUUUAUUGUAAGAAUAUGUUAUACGUAAUUAUUCAAUUGAAACUAAAUAUUUAAUUUUAUUUGUAUUAAAUGCCGUAAAUAUCGUAAAAUUGUGCAAUAGAUUAGUUAAUGCCCUGUUCAGCUUUGACAAUUACAGGCACGCAUUACGCUAACCGCAUAAUAAUAUUUUAUCUAUGUAAUUGUAUUACACAUACUGUACAAAAUGCCCUAAAGAUGCGCGACCGUUGCGCCGCGAUGAUUGUAUUUGUCACUAAAGCGGCAAGGUCACGCGGGUGAAAUAAAAAAAAUUACUAGCUUUAGAAGCGUUCUCAAACGUCCUGUUAGCCUAGAUAUGGCAUAAGACAAUUUCUGCUUUCAAAGCUGUUCCUAGCAGCAGAGCUUAUGAUCUUCUAAUGGACUACGACAUGGAUUAAUAAUAAUGCAUUGAGUUCCUUUUUUAAAUAUAUGAAUUUUGAAAACCAUAAAUAAUAAAAUUACGUUAAGUUGUCAUAAUUUGACAAGUGUCAAACUUAUUUUGAAGCUGUAUUGUAAUCUUUUUAUUCGUGAAUCAUGCUCAUUGUAGACAAUAUAUCAAACGACAGGAAUGAUUAUAGUACAAACUAGGUGUAAAUUUGCAACAUAGCCUUAAGAUAAGCAGAUUUUGUAAUGGGUUUCAUCUAUCUAUCUAUUCGAUAAAACUGUUGUCAUAAUACUUGCAUUUAAUUAACUUUAGUCGAAUGUAUUAAGCCCGCCACUACAUUAUCAUUUAUAUAAUUUGUAAUUUUGCUAUCCAACGCACUCGUGGUAGUGUAUUGGCGGCGUUAGUUACGUGUUUGUAACUUUAAUUGUGAUGUUUAUGAUUUUAAAUAGAUUUAUUAAACUUG